AUGUACAACACAUUCGCCGCAAUGAGAUUUUCACCGUACACACAACUCUCUCUACCAACGCAGAGAUUUCGACAACAAGGGAUCGAAAGCCUGUGUUCUUGUUGCUAUUACAAUUCAGGUUGCUGCUACUCGAGCUAUGGUUCAGGAUUCGGGAUUUAUGGUUGCGCGGAAAUGCUCCCCAAACCACCAUACUCUUACGUUGCUCUCAUAUCCAUGGCCAUCAAGAACUCGCCGGAGAAAAAAGUUACACUAAGCGGGAUUUACCAGUUUAUUAUGAUGAACUUUCCGUACUACCAGCAGAGCAGAAGAGGUUGGCAAAAUAGUAUUCGGCACAAUCUCUCGUUGAACAAGUGCUUUGUGAAAGUUCCCCGCGACAAAUCGGAUCCUGGAAAAGGCUGCUACUGGACUCUGGAUUCGUCCUUUGAGGAGAUGUUUGAAGAGGGGCGAUUUUGGAGGCGAAAACGAAGGCCGAAACAAAUAGUCAGUGCGAGACAACGAGAAGAAGACACUUCCCCGAGUUCUCCUAGAGAAGAGCACGUCGAAGAGACAGAAGAGAAAAGCGAGAAAACCGUCAACAGUGCAAGUUCGAGUUACGAUCGCGACAGAGAAGACAAGAAAUUGGAGACUUCUGACAAUGAACUUUGUCAUGAAAGUUCGUUCGAAAAACGGCGUUGUUUUUCGCAACUACAAAACCAAAGACACUCGACCUUUCCUGACGAACAAAAUAUGGCUAUGGAUGCAAAAUGUGAUGACUCUUCAACUUGUGGUUUGAAGUUUAGCAUCGAAAGACUCCUUGGUGAUCGAUGA